AUGCCUUCCUCAGAGAGGCACACACACUCAGUCUCGCCACCCCCAGUUGAUUUCAUCAUAGCUAAGAGUGAGCAGGAAUGGAAGAAGCGAGCAUGCCGCUUCCAGGCUGAAAUUGUGCAUUUUUUGCUUCGGAAGCCUAAAAAGGACUUGGUUUCUACUGCCGCUACAGGAAGUGGAAAAACAUAUAUUUUCUUCCUCCCCUCCUUGUUCGAAGAAGAAAAAGGCAGCAUCACUUUUGGAAUUGUGCCUCUAAAAAAACUUGGUGACCAGCACAGAGAUAGUGCACAACAAUUGGGAUUGACUGCCAUAUCGCUUGAAGCAAAGACAAUUAAUAAGGAAGUUGUCAAGGUAUGUAACAGGGCAAUCUUGAAGCCGCUGUGGAGGAACAAAAUUUUUGUUAGUAAUAUAAAUCGCAUUAUUGUGGAUGAGGCACACUCUGUGGCCCAGUGGUCAUCUUUCCAAGCAGCAUACAAAGAGCUAACAUGGCUCUAUGCAUACCUCUGUCACCGAUGCCAGUGGUACCUGACAUCCGCAACGUUGAAUGCCAAGACAUGUUCUCAAGUACUUGGGCAGGUUGGCAUGGCUCCAUGGAUAAGCCCAAGUGGUGGCAAUGGGACCACAUGGCUGCGUCGAUCUAAUGAAUGGCCAAAUCUCCAUUAUUGUGUGUGGGAAAUGGAGUAUAGUAAGAGUUCUUACUAUGACCUUGCUUUCCUCAUUCCGCUUCACCUGGAAGAGUCACACCCGAUGCCAGAAUCGUUUGUCGUAUACUGUAAUUCUUGUGAUGAGGCCGAACGCAGUGCAGAAUUCCUACGAUCACGAGUCUGUAAAGCGCUCUGCCACAAAAUCAUUUGGAUCCAUUCUGGAAUGUCUGAUAAGCACAAGCUGAAAGUGGUGGAGGACUUUAGGGAUGGGAAGCUUAUCGGCAUCACCAGCACGGAAUCACUUGGAUUGGUUUGA